AUGACUACACACACAUUAUGUACUAAUCUUUAUCUGAGUGGAUGUUCAAGGAAUAUUUCUGUUAAACAAUUAACAUAUUCUUCAUUCUUCAAACCAAAAAAUUUCAUUCCAGUCUGUUACCUUAUUUUCAAACUUCGACUUAAAAUUUUGGCAUUUGAAUUAGUUUUAGCGGAUUCCCCUGGGAAGAAAUUUCACUUGUUCUAUGGUACCAACGUAACGAGCCACUCCAAUAAAAAUAGAUUAACUAAAAAUACUAGGGAAACUCAAAGUGACUAUGCAGACAAUUUAUGGUUUGUGUAUGGACGAGGUGCUUCUAUUAAUUGGGACAGCUUAGUAAGUGGUAAAAGAUGGCCGCUAGUUACCCAUAUAAAAUCAACCUCUCGAGGUAUUUUAGAUGGCAAUCAGUGCAAAAAAAAACAAAUAUUUUCACAGAGUCAUACUUUAAAGUAUUAUCUUAAAAAUGAAAAUAAUUUGAUUCGAUUAGCUAAAGAACACUUUUAUUGUUUCAAAGUGAUUAUUUUUUGUAGUAAAUUUCACCUAGAGUGA